GUAACCUUAGCAACGGAAUUUUCGAUUUUAAUGUAAAAAUAUAGUCAAAUACAGACAAAAUGUUUCGCCGCGGCAAAUUAUCGUUUCUAAAUACCAAAGAUGACCGUAUUAAAAUAAUAAAUGAGCGCAUUUCACUCACCGAACGCCAUUUGAUGGAAAUGUGUACCUCCUUUGCAUUGGUGACCCGGAAAAUGGCCAAGUACCGCGAUUCGUUUGAUGAUCUGGCCAAAGGAGUCAAGAGCUAUGCGGACGAUGAGGAAAUCAAUGAGAGUCUCUGCCAGGGACUAAAGAGCUUCACUAAUGCUGUGACUCUUAUAAGCGACUAUAUGGACAUUAAUGUCCACCGCUUGGAACAAAAGAUCGUCAACGAACUGGCCCAAUUUGAACAACUUUGUAAAUCCACGAGGGACAAUUUGCGCCUGGCUGUAAUUGCUCGCGAUAAGGAGGUUCUGCGCCAGCGCCAGAUGCUGGAGCUCAAGUCAAAGUUUUCGGCCAAUAACAGUGCCGCCGAUUCGGAGCUUUUUAAGGCAAAGAUGGAAGUGCAGCGCACAAACAAGGAAAUCGACGAUAUUAUCGGGAACUUCGAGCAGAGAAAGUUGCGAGACGUAAAGCAACUUCUCAGUGACUUUAUCCUCAUAUCCAUGAAGCAGCAUACCAAGGCUUUGGAGGUGCUCAGCGCCAGCUACUAUGACAUUGGCAACAUUGACGAUCGGGACGAUUUCCUAGAAUUCCAAAAACUAAUGAAGACCAAAGAGGAACCAACUACCCGGAAGGCAGCCUUCAAGAAAGGAUUGCGCUCCCAGUCGAUGGAUAGCUUGGACCAUGAGCAUCUGGUUAGUCCUUUGAAGCGACGCCAAAAGCUUUCGAGGAGCACCAAAAAUCUAACUCGUGCCGGAAUCAACCAUGGCAGUAAAACCGAGCCGGAAGAGAGCGAGGAGCAGGAUGACGAAGACGAAGAGGAUGAUGAAGAAGAAGAGGAAACCGAACAAAGUGGCGAGGAGGAAGAGGAAUCUGGUACCGCCUCCGACGAUGAAAGAGAACUCACUCAGCCGAGCACCCAAGCCACGCCUCGGGAAAACGUCUUCGGGGCCAAGUUGCGAUCUGGAGGAGGCAAGGAAUCCACAACACCUUCGUCCACAACCAGUGCAGCCUCGGCUUUGGCCAAGCCACCCCGCCAGCCGGUCAAGCAUCCCUUUAAGGCAGUGGCCUCCACACAUGUAAGGCUGCAGAAGCAGUUCCAUGUGCCCCCACACUAGCACCCGCUAAAGCUAGACUAGAUAUCGCAAAGCAGUAUUACUAAAAAGAAUCAUUUACAUAUGUAUGUGCCUCCCGCUAAGCUUGAAAAAAUAACAACCUAACUGCUAAUUGUAUCUCAUAUUUUAAAUCCAAGCUCAACAUCGCUUAUCCCAUAUCGCAUUUUAGUUCUGCACAAUUUGGAUAAUAAUUUUAACAACUGAUAAAAAAAAAAAUGUAUAGCCCCAACUAUAUUUUCUGAAACUAUGAUACGUAAUAAAAGUUUUGAGGAAAAGUGGCUUUAUUUGAAAUUUUUUUCAACCACCUUUUUUAAAGCUUUUAGAAAAUCAGACUAAGAUAAUGUAACUAAAUAGCUGCCAGCAUAACAGUUUCCGGAACAUUUGCGAAUGCCUUAUAAAUGCUCGUAGUUAUUAUUUACAGAUACAUUUUUAUUUUCAAAUAAAAUACUGGCAAGUAUCCACAUUAAUGAUUUGUUUUCAAAGGUAGGCACAAAAACAAGACUGAUUUUCACUUUUAAUGGCCACGGCUCACGAUUUGC